GCACAAGGUUCAGGGACAAGAUGCCCUCGAGAAAGAUCGCCCUUUUCCAUGAUAUUCCACCAUGCACCGUCACAAGUGGCGCCAGAGGAGAGGCUCUGUGAGACUAUAGCUGGCAUCGCUCGGGCAUCCCUUAGAGCUGAACAGGCCCUACUGCCCGCGUUAGAAGACGAAGCGUCGCUGUUGAGGCUAGAAGGAGAGAGCUCCUUUGAAAAGGCAACUGCGUCUCUGGUGAAG